UUCGUAAAAACGUCAAUCUUUGGGCUUGGGCUUGAUUAUUUUGUAGUUUACAUUACAACCUGUGACGUGGACGUAAAAACAUUAAAAAAUUACGAUGAAUUGCUGAUUUUCUUUAGGUAUUCUAGUGGUAUAGUUUACUUAUAAGGUAAAAUGAAAAUAUCCUUUAACAUAGUCUUUAAAGCAACGAUUCUCGGGUAGAAUAAACACUCAUCUAUAAUGAAUAGAGAUAGAAUGAGGAGAGCACAUGCGGGUAACUAUUACGACCCACUGCCGACGCAAUAUGAUGGCGACGCUUUGGAGGAGUCCAAUGAGCAGAUGACAUCGGAGCUAAAGGACAAGAUUUCUGCCCUAAAGUCUCUUUCGAUUGACAUCGGCAAUGAGGUCAAAUACCAGGAUAAACUUCUCCGAGACAUUGACACAGACUUUGAAAGAACCGGAGGAUUUUUGGGAAACACCAUGAACAGGGUAAUUCGUCUGGCUAAAGGAGGACACAAUUACUAUAUCUUCUAUCUAUUCUUGUUUUCAAUCAUAGUAUUUUUCAUUCUCUACAUUGUUCUAAAAUUCAGAUGAGAAAAAUUAUUUGUAUUGGUGGUAGCUUCUGCUAUUGUAUAUUAAUUCAGUAGGCUAUCCUUACUACUUGUAUGUGUAUAUAGCUGUAUAAAUUCAUUAUUUCUGCUGUUAUUGGAUUAAACACACUUUUUAAA